CAAUGAACUCUAUUGAAUGCUUACAAGAAGAAUGUCUGUUUGAAGACAAAUAUAUCUCUAAGGAAGUUCAGUCCAGUCUGCAUGAAGGUUAUAGACUUUAUCCGCUCAGAUCCAAUGAUUAUGAAAGAGGUUAUCUUGAUGUCUUGUCUGUCUUGACUGAAGUGGGCAACCAUACACCUGAAAGUUGGCACAGUCAAUUCCAAUUCAUGAAGAAGCAUAACGAUACUUGUAAGUCUAAAAGAGAUCAACAUAAGUCACUCAUUAGAUUAGAUUUUACUGUUACUAUUACAGACGAAACCAAUGACCGUAUUGCUGCUACUGGUACUAUCUUGAUUGAACAUAAAUUUGUUCAUAAAAACGGUCUUGUGGGCAAAAAAUUAGGUUUGAGAAUCAUUGAAGCACUCAAAUACAUUGGUCAAGUCAAUGGUUGUUACAAGGUCAUUUUAGACUGUGCAGUCAAGAAUAUACCAUUCUAUGAAAAGUGUGGUUUUACACCCAAAGAGAGUCAAAUGGCUUGGUAUAUUCCCCAAACUCAAGAAAAGUCCCAUUUGUAAAUUCAUGCUAUUAGAGAUUGAUACCCCCCCC